CCUAGCAACACCGCACCUAGAAUUCAGUUAUGCAAUCCAUGAUCCACUGCUACAGAGACAGAGGGAGAAACGAUCUAUUAUCUUUGAGUGAUAUGUGACAUCACAGUUGGGAAAUAGAAAGGGAAUAGUGUCCGGAACCAGAAAUACUUGAGCUGACACAGAGAGGAGCAAUGGAGACGUUUCAAUGUCCCCCUAGCAAGCUGCAAUUUGUGUCAACGACUGGGCAAUAGUAGAAAGAUGAACAGAACCACACCUCAGAGGAGGUCAUCCUCCAGGAGACAGACCUCAGUUCCAUCCACACCCCCUAGAGAGCCCCAGACAAUUCCUCAAUCAUGGGCCCUCGCCAGGACCUCGUCCACCCCCGUCGACAUCCAACCUAGCCUGGGCAGAGAGGCAGAGGAGGGUGAGUAUCUGGACAGACAAGAUGGAGAUGGAGGUAGCCCCAUAGAGGACUCUCAGACUGGGGCAUCGUUGGGUCAGGAGACUGAUGGAAACUCCAGUACCCCAGCCACACACAACUCACCCCUCCCUAGGCAGAGACCACACCUGACAGCCCAGAACCCCACACCAGGGUAUGAGCUGGCCCCUAUCACCCCAGAGCUGGCCCGCUGGAUCAGGCUUCGGUCACAGAACCUCAAGCUCCGCCAGAGUGACCGCCAGUGGGCCGUGGACUUGGUCAACCAUCUCCGGGACAGCCUGCUGGUCUUCCUCAAGAACAGUGACGAGCAGCCCUACUUCCAGUCAGCCUCUGUGCUCAACAGUGGUUCAUACUACGAGAUGGUUAAGAUACACAACCCAAAUGAGUUUGACAUGAUGCUGAAGCUCCAGUCUCCUUCCCGCCUCAAAAUGACUGAGCUGGACCAAUACCACGGCCUGUUCUACGAAGUUGCUCUAUCCCGACCGACGCGUGCCCACAUACGGUCUUUCCUAUUGGAAGAUGGGCUCACCAUCUCAGCCAGCAAGAUCAUAAGGGAAAUGCACCGUCUGGUCCGAAAGUUCAUCAGCACCUACAAAGCAGUGCCUGGAAAUAGCUGGCGUUGGGUUGUGAAGAGGAAGCGUCCAAACUCCCCAGCGGUGACCCUUUCCCUGUUGGAGUUGGAUAAUGGGAAAGAGGAACUACUUUCUGUGGAUGUGGUGCCAGCCUUGGAAGUGCCCUCCUCACAGAGCUGGCCUCUGGCUGCCCGCGCAGGCCCAGAUGUGAACAACUGGCUGGGGAAGAAGACCCGGCGCUCUCUUACCCACCAAACUUGCUUCUUUGUUCCCAAGAAACCGCCAGGGCGUAACCUCAGUGAGGCAGCUAAAGAGAGUUGGAGGAUUUCCUUUUCUCACAUAGAAAAGGAACUGAUCAAGACUCAUGGGAACAAGAGGACCUGCUGUGAGAGCUCUGCCACCAAGUGCUGCCGUAAGCAGUGCUUUAAGCUCCUCAAGUGUCUGAUCGAGGGACUGAAGAAACGCUACCCUCAGGAGCUGGAUGCUCUGUGCUCCUACCAUGGGAAGACAGUCUUUCUACACACCCUUUCCAUCAGGGCCCAGGACUCCCUGUGGACACCGCAUCAUCUGCCUGCCUGCUUCAUGCACCUCCUAGGGGCCCUGGAGGGCCACGCAAGGAGUGGCCUGCUACCCCACUUCUUUGUCCCCACCUCCAACCUCUUCGCCGCACCGACCUUCCCACGCAAAGCUCUGGUGUUUCUGACAGAGGCUCUGGAGGAGCAGAGGAGACAGGGGCUUCCCCUUUUAAUGCCCCCGGCUCCUGCCCCACCACUGGCAGUACACUCCCCCAGUAACUCCCAGUCCCAGCCAUCCAUUGUUGUACAGCAGACUCAUGUUAUCCAGUCUACUAUUAUUCAGCCACCCAAAGUUAUUGAGACAAAAGCUUCAGUGAAAAUGUUCAACAUUUUAGCUUUGGUUGUGGCUUUGGUCUGUGUUGUUUGUUACCUCUGCCCAUCAGUGGUAGGAAGGUAGCAGAGACAGUCCAAUCUACAGCAGAGGGCGCUAAAAUGUUAUGCAGAUGUAGAGAAUGAUAAGCCAUUUUUAAACAGAUUUUUAUUUAUCUCUAAAUUAUGUCUUUGCUCUUAAUAAUAAACACAAUGAAAAAAUGGUCUGUAUUUGUAUGUAAAUGCUAAAUAUAUGCAAAUUACCAAGAAUAUAGUAGCUAUACAAUGUAUUGUUUACUACUUCUGUCCACUAUCCCAAUGUACCCCAAACUUUUAAAUAAAAUAUAUUAUUCAUCAAUGAAAUACUUGU